AUGAGGAAUGUGACAGAGAUUUCCUCUUUCACUCUUGUGGGUCUAUCAGACCAUCCACUGACCAUGAAUGGAAUUUUUGUGUUCUUCCUUCUCAUCUAUCUGAUGACUCUUAUCACAAACCUUCUUAUAUUUUUAUUGGUCCUCACUGACUACAAUCUGCACAACCCAAUGUAUUUUUUUCUUGCCAACUUGGCAUUUCUGGACAUAUCCUAUCCAUCAGUGACGGCACCAAGGAUGCUCUUUGAUUUGGUCACCAAAAGAAGUUCAAUAUCCAUUCCUGCAUGUAUAACCCAAGUCUAUUUCUACCUCUCCUUUGUUUGCUCAGAAGUUUUCUUGCUCUCGGCUAUGUCUUACGACCGAUACAUUGCCAUCUGCCACCCCCUACAUUACACACAAAUGAUGUCUUGGAGAGCCUGUACUUGUAUGGCCUCUCUGGUCUGGGUUGUAGGAUGUUCUAUCUCUUUGGUAGAUACUUUGUUUUUGCUCAGGUUGUCCUUCUGCAGAACAUCUUCCAUCCACAACUUCUUUUGUGACCUUCCACACUUAUAUCAAAUUACAUGUAGUGACCCCUUCAUAAACAUAGUCAUUCUAUUAUUAUUAGGUGGUAGUGUAGGAUUGGGAGCCUUUCUUCUGACCUUUCUUCCCUAUGUCUAUAUCUUUAGUACCAUCCUCAGAAUCCGUAGCAAGACUGGAAAGAGGAAAGCAUUCUCCACCUGCACAUCACACCUCACCGUGGUCUUCAUUACUUAUGUCUCCAUAAUUUUUAUUUACUUGGUUCCCUCCUCCAGUGACAUGGUCAAUUUAUACAAAUUGUUCUCAGUCAUAUCUGCCCUCAUUAACCCAUUGCUGAAUCCUCUGAUCUACAGCCUGAGGAACAAAGAUCUCAUGGAGGCACUGCUGAGGUCUUAUUAUCACUUAAAAUUGACCCAGGCAUCAUUUUGA